AUGGCCCUCAGGGGCCUAAACUUUUGGCUGAUGUAUGCGACCAUGUUCAAACAAUUGGGCUUAGGAGCUCCGAGACCCACUAUGGUGAUGCUACAGCUCGCUGAUAGAUCUUAUGUUUAUCCUGAGGGGGUAAUUGAGGACGUUUUGCUGCAGAUUGGGAAGUUUAUUUUCCCUGUAGAUUUUAUCAUCCUGGACUACGAGGCUGAUGAGUUAGCCGUACAGGAAUACUAUUAUUUCCUUGAUGGCUAUUCGGGGUAUAAUCAGAUUUCUAUUGCUCCAGAAGAUCUAGAAAAGAUCACUUUUACAUGCCCUUAUGGCACUUAUGCAAUUAAGAGAAUGCCAUUCGGAACAGUUUGUGGAGUCUUUAUGGAUGAUUUUUCUAUGUUUGGUCCUUCUUUUGAUGAAUUCUCGUCCAAUCUUGUUAUGCUUGCUAGGUGCGAGGAGACUAAUCUGGUUUUUUAUCGCCUAUUUAGAAAGGAAUUCUCAAAAAUUUCCUCUCCCUUGUGCAAGUUGUUAGAGAAGGAUGUGCCAUUCAAGUUUGACGAUGCUUGUCUGAAAGCAUUCGAGGAGCUAAAAAAGAAGUUAGUGAGUGCACCAAUCAUAGUGGCUCCUGACUGGAAUGAGCCAUUUGAGCUGAUGUGUGACGCUAGUGAUGGUGCAAUUGGGGCCGUAUUGGGCCAGAGGAGGAGCAAAAUAUUUCACUCCCUUUACUACGCAAGCAAGACUCUCACUCCCGCUCAAAUAAAUUUUACUAUGACAGAAAAGGAGUUGCUUGCUGUAGUGUGGGCGUUCGAUAAAUUUCGGGCCUAUUUGGUUGGCACCAAAGUCAUCGUCUACGCAGACUAUGCAGCCAUCAAGUUAGAAACUCUGAAUCAUAUAGCUGAGGGAGAUGUCAUUAAGGAAACCUUCCCGGAUGAGCAAUUAUUAGCCGUUACUGCUGGGGAGGUUCCAUGGUAUGUAUAUUUUGUAAACUAUUUGGCAAGUGGAGAAAUGCCGCAUGAUCUUGAACCUCAUGCUAAAAAGAAUUUCUUGCGAGAUGUGAGAUCAUAUGUGUGGGAUGAGCCGUUUCUGUUCAAAUAUUGUACCGAUCAGUUAAUGAGAAGAUGUGUGCCCGAAUCUGAAAUAAAUGCUAUCUUACAUGACUGUCAUGCAUCGCCUUAUGGUGGUCAUCAUACGGGUGACAAAACAGCAGCCAAGGUGUUGCAAUCGGGUUUCUAUUGGCCUAAGUUGUUUAAAGAUGCCCAUGAGUUCGUGAGAAGGUGUGAUAGGUGCCAGAGAACAGGAACAAUUACGAAAAAGCAUGAGAUGCCAUUGCAUGACUAUGUGUCGAAGUGGGUGGAGGCCAUUGCUCUUCCUACCAAUGAUGCCAAAGUUGUGGUCAACUUUGUGAAAAAUCAUAUCUUUACAAGGUUCGGCACUCUGAGAGUGAUGAUAAGUGAUGGGGGCACCCAUUUCUAUAACAAGCUAUUGGACAAUGUCUUAGCGAAAUACGGGGUCAAACAUAACGUUGUGAUAGCUUACCAUCCUCAGACUUGUGGACAAGUUGAAGUGUUAAAUAGAGAGAUAAAGCAGGUUCUGGAGAAGAUGGUUAGUGCAAGUAGGAAAGAUUGGGCUACAAAGAUUGAUGAUACUCUAUGGGAAUACCGGACUGCCUACAAAACUUCAAUCGGAACCUCUCCUUACAAGCUGGUUUAUGGGAAGCUACCAACUCACCCUACUAUCUAUGCUAUGCUUGGAAAAGCCGUAUUUAGAUUAGAGUAG